GAAAAUUUUUAUGUUCAAGUAAAAUGUCGACGGGAUAUAUUUUUUUUUAGUGAGUUUUCAAAGACUGGAAUUGAUUUAUAUUUUUUUUUUGUAUAAAAGUAAAAGUUGUAAGGUCUGGUUGUCAUGGAUGCAGGUGAUCAGGAGCAGAAUUUUCGGAUGGGACCGCUAUCGCCACAGGAGAUUAAACCUGAUAUAUCUAUAUUAAAUGAAAACAAUACUAGAGCAUUUUCUCCUAAAUCCGCCAGCCCUGUUUCCUUUGGAUCGAUUGGACUUCAAUCCAUGAAUAUGGCAAAUGCAGCAGCAGUUGGGGUAGGUUCAAACCAGCUCCAACAGGGUGCACAACAACAGCAACAGCAGCAAUAUCCUCCAAAUCACCCAUUAAGCGGAUCAAAACAUUUGUGUUCCAUAUGCGGUGAUAGAGCAAGUGGAAAACAUUAUGGUGUAUACAGUUGCGAAGGUUGUAAAGGGUUUUUCAAACGAACAGUGAGAAAGGACUUAACUUAUGCAUGCCGAGAAGAUAGAAACUGUAUAAUCGACAAAAGGCAACGGAAUCGGUGCCAGUAUUGUCGUUAUCAGAAAUGCCUUGCCUGCGGAAUGAAACGUGAGGCAGUUCAAGAGGAAAGGCAGCGAGGGACUCGUUCCCAAAACGUUCGCUCUAGCGAUGAUUUCAAUCCUAGUAGUUCCGUUCGCGAUUUAAAUAUAGAGCGUAUAAUUGAAGCAGAGCAAAAAAGUGAACAACUUAGUGGAGAUAAUGCUAUACCAUUCCUUCGGGUUGGUCCCAAUUCAAUGGUACAACCUGAUUAUAAAGGAGCUGUUUCACAUCUCUGUCAAAUGGUAAAUAAGCAACUUUACCAAAUGGUUGAAUAUGCUCGAAAAAUGCCUCACUUCGCUGAAUUACAACGUGAUGACCAGGUGCUUCUACUCAAGGCAGGUUGGAAUGAGCUACUUAUAGCAAAUGUGGCAUGGUGUAGUAUUGAUUCUUUAGACGCAGAUUUUGCUACAUCAGGAGGUCAUGAUACUUCAUUCGGCCGUCGUUCUCCUAUACGUCUACCCCAACAACUUUUUCUUAAUCAUAAUUUUUCCUACCAUCGUAAUAGCGCAAUAAAAGCAGGCGUGGCAACAAUAUUCGAUCGUAUUCUCUCUGAGCUUAGCGUUAAAAUGAAACGGUUAAACAUUGAUCGUUCGGAAUUGUCAUGUUUAAAAGCUAUUAUUCUAUUUAACCCUGAUAUACGUGGCUUAAAGGGACGUAAUGAUGUCGAAGUAUGUAGGGAACAAGUCUACGCUUGCCUGGAUGAGCAUUGCCGUACUGAACAUCCUGGGGAUGACAGUCGAUUUGCACAACUUUUACUGCGGUUGCCCGCACUGCGAUCCAUAAGCCUUAAGUGUUUGGAUCAUUUGUUUUUCUUUCGAAUAAUGGGAGAUAAGCCUUUAGAUCAGCUUUUCUACGAACAACUUGACACGCAAAUGUGCUAAGCAUUAAUAACAGAUUUCAUCGCUUAAAGUGAUUGACGAAUUUCAUCAAUGUUUAAACAAUUUUUAACUUUUAAGUGUGAUUAAUAUGUCUUUUAACGCCUACAUUUUUCAAUUUACUUCUCUAAUAGUAUUUUAUGUAAUAUUUACAAUUUAUUGUAUGCAAAUUAAAAA